AUGGCGACAAAGAAGAUCAACAAUGAAGACCAACUGGUUGAAGAAGCAAAGCUUCUGUGGGCCCAAGGUCAACAUGAGAUGGUAAUUAAUCUUGCAAAGUACAUCUCCGAAAAUCGCAAAAUGAAUGAGGCGGCAGCAGAUGUAUAUCGUCUAGUUGGAAAAUGGCUGGCUGAAACACGUUCUAGCAACUCUAGGGCUAUCUUGGAGAAGUAUCUGAAAAACGUGGUCAACCUUGCUGACAAACACCAGUCAACAGACAAGAAGUCAGUUGCAAGACAAGGCCAAACACAUUUCCAACUUGCUCAUUAUGCGGAUGCUGUUUUCCGUAGCUAUGAGGAAAGACUCACCUCUAAUGAGUGGCAAGCAGCAAUGCGCUUGAGAAAACAUAAGCAAGAUAGAGAUAAUUUCCUCAGCAUAGCAUUGGAAGGAUAUAAGCGAUGUCUAGUCAUUGGCGACAAAUAUGACGUUCGAGUGGUAUUUCGACUUGUAUCUCUGUGGUUUGGUUUAUCCACAAGACAAAUUGUUGUAGAUGGGAUGCUCAGUACAAUCAAAGAGGUCCAGUCUUGCAAGUUUAUACCCUUAGUAUACCACAUUGCUUCAAGGCUGGGUAGCUCAAAAGAUAGCCAAGGACCUAAUACUUUUCAGGUUAGAACAUUAGAGUUUACAGGUGUUCACAGAAUUUCACUCGACAAAGCAAGUUUACAUAUGGAAUUCUAA